AUGGCUGCUUUCAACCCCCCCUCGCGCGCAUCAUCGCGUACAGGUGGUGCGGAUGAUGCUGCUCGUCUCUGUGAGAAGGGGUGCCAGCGUCCUGCCUUUGCGGCCUACUCGACGUGCUGCACACAUUGCGAGGGCCCGGAAGGGCCUCAUGCCGGUGACUGUGCCAAGAAGGUGGAGCUCACUGGGCGGCGGGUGAACACUCCGACGGUCAAGAACCUGGGCUCCAUGGUGAUCGUCCGCUGCAUCUCCGCGAAGCUUUUUCGUAGUUUCGAUAAGUUUGGGCGGAUGGAUCCCUUCGCCGUUGUGGACUGGUUCUACUCCGAUGGCAACGUCGUAACCGUCGGGCGAACGAGGUCUGCAUGGGGGCAGCACAUGGACCCCAAGUGGGAGCACUGUUGCAAAGCAGUGCACUACAGUGGCUCGGGUGGAGGUGACAAAGUGCGCUUUCAAGUUCUCGAGGAAAACUUCGGGGGGCUGGGAAAACCCACUUUCUGCGGUGAGCAGACAGUUGAUGUUGACAUGCUCGUAGCGGGAGCCCGCAUGGUCGGCCCGGGCUUGCUGCGAAGUCAGCCCCAGCCUGUGGAGCUGUACAAGCGUGGGGAGAAGACAGGAUCCAUCUUGGUUCAGUUGGUCGUCCACCUGGAAAACUCUGGCUCACCAAUGCAGUCUGAGUUCACCUUGGCCGAACAAAGCAAGUUCGCGUCACCGGUCAAACGGAUUGGAGUGUCCGGUGGGACAGCCCCCUUCUUUAGCUUGCUUCUCAAGGAGCCGGAUGGCCUGCGCUUCGGUGACUACUGGAUUGGCAAAGACCUUUCCCGCGCUAUGGACGAGGUCCAGUUCUACGAGAAGUGUUUGAAACUGGGACGGAGUACGACCGGUGAGAUGCAGUCUCUCCUCCACUUCAUGUUCGAGUAUGCUGGAGUUCUUGAGACCACUGCAGAGGGCGAAGAGGGUUCCGAGCUGCAGCUUCUGGUCUUAGAGAACCUGCGCCAUCGCCGCGCCGGUUUGCGGCUGCUGGACAUCAAGGUUGGCGAGAAGACUGCUGCUGCCAAUUGGAAGGGCAAGUCGCGGUUGGCGGCCCUUCGGCAAGGGCUCAUCGACGAGCACACGAACUCCCAGGCGGAGGGAUUCCGACUCGAAGGUUUCGAUGGCCAGAACCCUGUGUUGAUCUCCAUGGACCCGCUCCUGGACUUCGGAGGUGAGGAGGGCCACGGUAAGUCGACUCAGAAGAAGGCCCGGCGGAUAAUGCUGCAAAGACUGCCCGCUGCCGAGAUCUUCAUGCACUUUCUAGACAUGCACCACUACGCAGAGCCUGGAGCUUCUUUGGCGCCCUGUGGAACCGAGCUGCUGGAGGUCGUCCUGUCGGAGAUUUGCAAACAGCUGGUUCAGCUGGCCAUGGCCUGCCGGAAGUGCGAGGCUCCUCAGAAGUGGAUUGGCAGUUCUGUCGCGCUGGGGUUUGACGAUGCCUUCGGCAAGGAUGAAGCCCACGUGGAUGGCCGUGGAUUUGGCGCCGCUGAAGCGGCCCUACGCAAGUCGGUGCUGGUGAAGAUCUUCGACUGGGGCAGGUCCGAGCUGAACACGCUCCGCGAUCACCCGGAGCUUACACCGGAAGAGCAGAAUGACAGGCUUUACUUUUGGCGACUCUACGUCGGAGGUAUCGACCGGCUGGCAUGGGAAGCCGUGCGGGCGUACCGCCACCGCUUCGGCAACCCUCACGGGUGGCAGCGUGUGCAACUGGCUGUCUACGACUUCGACUCCCUGACGGAAAGCGAUUUUAUGGGCCAGGUCACAGUCGAUUUGGUAGACAUGGCCGAGACGACCAUGCCGCUGCUUUCUGCUAAGCGGGAACCUGUGAUGGGCAAGGAUGGCAAUGCGACCAUCACGUUUUCCAUCCGGUGGCAGAGGCACGAGCCAAGCUCCAGGCUCCAGGGGGCAUGGCAAGUGCGUGUCAUCUCAGCCAGCAACUUGCCGGUGUGCGAUGGCUUCUGGGCUUCUAUCUCUCCAGCUUCCUCUCGAGCGCUCGGAGGAUUUUCUGACCCUUUUGUACAUAUCACUGCGAUGAGUGAUGACCACUCCUAUCGCUUCAAGCAGAGUACCAGCAUCAAGGUCAAAAACCUACACCCGGAAUGGAAUGAGACCUUCGAGCUUCCGGUCGCACGUGCCGAGCAUGCCGCACCGGAGGUUAUCAUUGGCUCUCCCAAGGUCGUUGACUUCCCACCCGACCUUACCCUCCCUGCCGUGUGCUACACCGUGGAAGACAGCAAGGUCGAAACAGAAGCCAUGACCCUCUGGAGGAAAAUGCUGAACACAAUCUGUGGCCGGCAAUUCCACAGUUUCCUGGGUUCUGGACUGUGGCUCUUCGACGACAGCACCGACCCUACAAGCCGCGGACAGGAACUCACCGAGGACAUGAUCCAGUCCCGCAAGGGGUACACCUUGGUUGCCAACCUGGGCCUCCUGUUGUCUCCUGAUGGCAGUGCCAGAGCAGUUCGACAAGUGAAGUCCAAGGCCGCUUUUGUGACCGAGAUCGCUACCAAGACGAAAGACACAGAAGCUGUAGCCUCUGCUGGCGUGUUACCAUGCCCAGCGGAUGCCAACCUCUACAGCUGCAAGGCAUGGUGCGAGGGCGUGGUACCAGGCGAGGCCGUGAAGUCCACGCUUGGGGGCAAGAAGUGCUCCGAACUUCCCGCCACUGCGCUGGUCCGGGACCAGCCAUCCUGCAUGUGCUACGAUGCCGAGUACAAAGUGCAGCUGGCAAUGUGCGUGAGCACCUGCCCAGGCCGUGGUCCGGCACCAGCAAAGGAAGAGCAAGGUGGGACCUGUGCCUCUGGAGAUUCUUCCUGCAGUGCCCGCGGGUCAGGCUCAAGCGCCCGUCGCUUCCUGCUCUACGACACGAAGUACGGUGAGGGCUUCAACCUCCAACGUGAGGUCUAUCCUCGAGCUGGCUGGAUCGUGGCAGAGGCCAACAAGGCUUUGGCAGCCAAAUGCGGAUCCAAAAGUGACGGCGAUUGUGCUCGGUGGGUUCUCGUCUUACCACCCUGGUGCCAGGUCGCACAUUGGUGGACCGGUCCGGAGCACGUGUACUGGCGAACCUUUUUCGAUUUAGAUGCGCUCACGGACUCCAAGGUCCCCGUCAUCGAAUUUGACGAGUACGUCAAAGCGGUCGGGGGGCAGUCUGUGGACAUGGCCGUGUCUUUCGAGACGGAUCAGCUGUUGAAGCAGAAGGAGCAGCUGACGGGUGGCAGCGGCAAGUUCAUGGGAUUUGCAGGAAGCAUCAGCGACUGCAAGACCAAGUACGUGAAGCCACUGGAGUUCCGCAAGCUAGCGACUGGCGAGUUCCAGAUCGUGUACGCAGGGCACUGUGAUGGCGCGAUCGCUGCGAAGGAGCUGCGCUGUGCCUCGCUAGACGGACCGUGGCCACAGGGAGUGGUGGAUCUUGUCCUCGCCUUGACGCCGAAGGUCGGUUCUGUGCUGCUGAAGAAUUACGAUUACCUUCUGUCACCCGACAGUGAGCAGCUGGAUGAUAGGCGCCUGCGGCCCAUGGCGCAUUGCUCCGAGGCGGAGCGACAGCACGCCAUGCUGCGGCUGGAGCGACUGGUGGAGUUAACUGGCUACGAUUACCACAUGUGCUUCGACAUUCUCCUCGAGCAUGUGCGUCACUGCAUCAUCGACAUGGUGUCGCUUUUGGUUGCUCGCUCCGGCACGCAGCUCUAUGCUCUUCGGGACUUACUUACAUCUCUCAAGGUCGAUGCCGGGAGCUGCGUCUUGACAGGUCAGUUCAGUAUCGAGUCACGUGAUUUCGAGGAGUUCGCACGUCAUGAUCGUCACAUGACGCGCAACGUGCGUGAGAACAGCCGCGUGCUUGCGGCUUUUGUCCGCGAUGGUGGAGGUUGCAGGUCUGGCCUUCACUGGUUGCGUGAUCGCUUCGACGAGCUCAGCCAGAUGGCUUCAGCCCUUUGGGAUCUCUUGCGAGAGCGGGGCCUUAGCGAGCUGGCUCCCGUUUUGGGGCAAUGUGGCGUCCUGAAAGUCGAGGACGUUCGCGUCAAGAGCGAAGCCUUGCUGGCCGCGGGUGUUGAACAGGUUCAGCUGCACAUGUUGUUGGCUAGCAACGGCUCAGACAAGGAAGCGGAGAUGUCAGGGCCCAGCAGAAGGCACGAUCUGCCUGCCAUUCCCGUGCGCAUGCGGGCUAGUUUCGCUGCUUCUCUGGAGGCAGGAUUGCCUGAGAACAGAGCAAAAGCCAUGAAGAGAUUGACAGAUGAUUUUCUUGCCCAGACGACCCAGGGGCCAGUGCACAGUCGUGUCAAGACGUGGCACGAGUGGUGUCACAGGUGGCAGGUUCCAGCUUUUCCACUCGAGUAUUCCAAUGUCUGCGCGGCAGCAGCAAGCAUGAAAGAAGGGAGCUACAGAUCUUGUGCUCAGUAUUUUUCUGCAGUCUGUAAGUAUCAGGAGCGCGAGCUUCGAUUACCGAUUUCAGGGGCCAUUCGAGGCCUCAUUCGCGAUUGCACCAGGAGCAUUCUACGGGGACUGGGUCCCGAGAGUCUCAAGGACGCUUUUGACCCUUCAGUCUUGCAGGGGGUCAUCGACCCGAGCGACUCAGUUCGGCCAUGGAACCCCAAGGAGGUUUGCUGCUGGGCCGAUUGCAUGCUUCUUGCAUGUUGGUUCAUGUGGCGAGAGAUCGAGCUAUCCAACAUUCGUCGGAAGCAUCUUUAUCUUCCGGCCUCUGAGGUUUCUAUUCUGCUCCCGGUCCAGAAGAACGACUCCCGUGGAACUCUUUGCACAAGGACACUGCACUGCAUUUGCAGGCUGAGGCGUCACCCGCUGUGUCCCUUCCACGCAGCAUCAAGACACCUGAAGCGGUUGCAGCUUUUCGAGGACCGCCGUGGGGUCCCAUCCGUAUUCAUGUUUCCGAGCGAAGCAGGGAUGGAAUUGUCCAAGUUUGAGGUCGUGCAGUCCUUCCGAUUCGUUCUCAUCGAGGCCGGCGUGGCCACAGUUCGGCCCGACGAAGCGGGCCGCCCCUUACAGAGGUUUCAUGGACACUGCUGCAGAGUUUCUGGUACGCAAUGGUUGAUCAGUCUUGGGGUUGCUGUCAUGCUUGUGCAGCUUCUUGGUCGCUGGAGCUCAGCGGCCAUAGCUCGAUAUGCUCAGUCAGCACCGCUGCUUCAGCUACCGACGGCGACAUCGCAGGCGCUUCACGCGUCUGGGCUUGCUGGGUCGGUUCCCGAUGAUGCCGUGGACGCGGCUGUAGCUGCCCCUUCUGGCGACAACCAUUCUGCUGUGUGCGACGACAUCGCGAGCCUCCAGUCCGAGGUUCAGGCUCUGAAGGCAGCUGCCAGGACACCCGGGCAGGUUUUCAUUCAAUCGAUUCGCUCGAGGUUGGUCCACCGAGGCAAAGUGGACGAGAGGCUCAACAUUCCCAAGAAAUGGAGGACUCGGUGUGGUUGGCCUUACGGCGCCAAGAACUUUCUUAGAAUAUUGCCUGAGGACGUCGAGGCUGGUCGGAAAUGCGCUCGGUGCUUUGAUCCAGCUCAGGAGGACUUCGAUAUCUCUCCAUACCCCGACCGCAUCUUGGCCGAGCUGGUCAUAGGAAUCUCCUUCAGCGGAACCGUUCGCUCAUCACGGGCUCAGAGGUGCUCAGUUCGUCUGGUCUUCUGCGAUAAGGGUUUCACUAUGGCGACAGAGCCAUCCAUGGCCGAUUUAGCGUCCCAAGCUGGGGCGGGGACCGAAAUUACCAAGUACUUGGAUGAGCGGGGCCUUCGGUCUGUUGGGGCUUUGGCCCUUGUGGCCACCACACAGGACCAAUUUGACGACGUGGUAGUCGCACCACUGCUGCGAGGAUGGCGCCCCAAUCCCCCUGAUCCUGGCAUGACGCUACAGGAAUCUGAGAAGCCAAUCGCCAAGGCCGUCCUGAGAUACAUGUGGGCCCUCGCUAAGGAAUCUCGGGCAAAGGUGGCCGCGGCUGCCACGUCGGCGGCCCUCGCGCCAUCCACACCAUCAGCGACACCUGCGUCAGCUUCAGGGUCGGCUGCACAGCCAGUGAAGGUCCCGAAAACCUUGCCACCAGGCGAGUGGACCGCGCUGGUUGAAAAGUACAAUGCGGUGGUGCUUCAAGGCGAACGUCGAGACUCUUUUCCGGAGCGGGAGUUGUUAGGGGCUGAAAGCGUGAUAGCGAGAGUCCUUCACGAGCAUCGUUCGACAAAACUUUACAGUCCUGUGGGACUGGGUGAAGUGCUACAGAGACGUUCCUUUCAGGCCAAUGGGCAAGUGAAUCCACUUGCAAAGCGGGUCCGCACUACCAAACUGUCCGUGGAGGAUGGUGUGCUCAAGGAGGAGACGCAACCAGAUGAGGACUGGUCACCUCAGGGUUCGAUGAGCGUGUUGGACGGCUUGAAUAGCAUUCGUUGGCUCUAUAUCCUUUGCGAGAUCGGCACCGAAAAGGCUGUGCAUUACUACUUCGACCAGUUGAUCAUGAAAUCCCGCUUGCAGCCCAACAAGGUCGUCAAGUUCAAGAUGUACUUCGAGCAAGCUUCAUGGCGCCUAUGCUCUCAGCUACGCAACCAAAAGACGUUCUCCGAAGCAUCGCUUGCAGUCUUGAAUGAUGUUGCCUUGUAUCAGGAAGCUCUCAUGCGAGAUGAGCCGGCCACCCCACCGGGCGGCAAACGCAAGUAUUAUGAUUCUCAGCGGGACGAGGGUGCAUCGUCCACUUCGUAUCAGAAGGGCAAAGGCAAGGACAAAGGUCCCAAGGGAGGUGGCCGCAAAGGCAAGCAGGGCAAGGAUUGGUGGCGCUCGGAUUGGUCUGGUCGCACCGGGACUCCUCCGCAGCCGUGGAGGCGACCGGAGGGCGAUGAUCGGACGGUCGAGCCUCAGUGUGAUUCCAAUCAGAUCGUUUCGCCCGGUGCUGGCAAUGCGGCCCGAGUCCAGAUGCCGACCAUUACUGCUGAGGUGGCCGAUCGUCAGGGCGAUGGCGGUUCGGCCCGGGUUCCGCUUCAAUCCGAGAAUGCCGUUCAGGCGACGGCGACCAAGGAGCCGGCACGACCUUCUGGUUCCAAGUUGAGCUUACCUCUGCCUCCCCUCCAGCAUGCUCGAGACUUGAUCGUCCUCUCUUUCUUCGAUGGCUUGGGCACUGGCAUGUUCGCAGUUCAACAACUCGGGGUCCGGACGAGGGCUCUUUUCACUUGGGAGACGGACUCGGCUGCCAGCAAGGUGUCUAAGUCUCUGUUCAAGGGCUUGAGGUUCGAGCGGGGCGAUAUAACUCAGGACUCCGUCGAGACGGUCUCCGGCAUGCUGAGGGACAUGGAUCCUCAGGGCAGUUCUCCCAUUUUGGUACUUGCUGCACCUCCAUGUCCUGAUUAUUCUAGAGUGGUAGAAGGCCAGGGCAGGAACGGAACAACGGGGCGAUUGUUUCAGGUUUUCUGCGACUUCUUUCGCGAGCUCGAGAAGGCCCUGCCUCAGCAUACCUUUUUACCGGUGGUGGAGAACGUUCAAAUGAACCAUAAAGAGGACGUGGCAUUCUUCACAAAGGCCCUUCGCGCAUCUCCGACCAUGAUAUGCGCAUCCGAUUUCGGAGUCGUGAGCCGCCCGAGAUUGUGGUGGAGCCGUUUGGACAUCAGCAAGCUCACCGAAAAUCCUGUCUCCGGCAAGGCUUUUCGCUGGAGUCGUUCCAACGGAGUGCAGAGGUUGCACAUUGACGCGGCGUUGAACGUCAACGCACAGUCAGGACCGGAGCCCGCCUCCUUCCUCGAGGAGGUCAUGUUAAAGUGUCGAGAGAGUCCGGUUCCAUUGGCACGAGGGCCGCAGUGCGAUCCCUUUUCAUGCAUGCCGCCUAGUAACGUCGAGUGGGAGCAUUGGUUGUUGAGUGCCGAAGUCCAGCACCCAGUGUUGUGUGCACCUGAGAUCGGCGGAGCUCUGAAACAUGUUUAUGAUCGCAUGCUUUCCCUCGGGCAGUGCAUCGACCGUUAUCGCGGACAAGUCCUCGACGGCAUUUCCCAGUUGAUUGCUGCCAAGAAAGAAGAGUCAGAACAGUGGUAUGCUUCUUUGCCCACGCAUGUUCGCAGUGCUUACAGUUUGUCAGACUCGCGCAAGUAUGUCCAGAUUCCUUCGUUCAUUGCGCUUCUGCGAGGUUGUGGAUACGAAGACGCGGACGCUCUGGAGCAGGACUUGACUCGAGGCUUUCCCAUGUUGGGGAGCGUGCAGCGUACCCCUGGUUGGCUACCCCGAACCGACAACAAAUACGGGGAUCCCAUCGACAUAGACACUUUCGCCACUCUGAACGCGGCACAUGUCAGGUCCCGACUUCAUCGCCCCAGGGUGGAUGACGAAUGGCAUUCCAUGCUGCAGGAAGUUCUCGGCGAGUGUCGCGAGGGGCGCAUGGAGGGUCCCUUCGCGGCCCCAAGUCAUUGGCGGACUACCACCGUAGCAGUGGAUGACGCAAAAGGUUUCAACGUGCUGAAGCCUUGUCCCGACUCCCAACCAUUUGCUGCUUGGGCUUUCUCGGUAGUGCAACAGGGCUCAGACGGCAAGCGGAAGGUCCGCAGAUGCGAGGACUACCGGCGGAGUUUUCACAACAACACCAUUCACGCUUCGGAUGUGCCGCCUCACGACGAUGUAGGUGUUUACGUUGGGAUGGUUCGUCAUUUGAGGACUUGCGGGGAAUAUGCAGUCAUAUGGGCCCAGGAUUUGGAGGCAGCGUACCGCCAGUAUCCGGUGGAGGACCCCAGUCAUUGCUACGUGGUCAUCAACACGCCAUCUGGCCCGACGCUUUGGCGUCAUCGGGUCAUGCCCUUCGGGGCCACAGCGAGCGUUUUCCAUUUCAACAGAAUUACUGAUGCUCUCAUCUGGCUGGCUCGUUCGUUGCUUUGUAUUCCUGCCAUUCAUUACGUAGAUGACCUGGGAAGCGUUGAUCCCGAUGCUAGUUCUGAUUCCAGCUUCAAGUCUUUCGACAGUUUUUGUGAUUUGCUUGGCUUCCGAUUGAAAUUUACAAAGCGUCAGCCACCUGACAAGACACAGAAGCUGCAGGGCGUUCUGGUUCGAAUUAUGGAUGAUGGAGUUCAGGUUGAGCCUGCGCCAGGUCGCGUGCAGCGGUUGCGCGAGAGCUUGCAGAAUGUUUUGCAAGGAGACUGUUUGUCACCAGCAGAGGCUUCACGUCUUGCAGGCAAGCUUGGUUUUCUUUCCACUUCACUUUGGGGAAAGCUCGGUCAGGCCCUUACCAGGCCUCUGCAUGGGAGGGCCCAAGCUACAGGCGACGCAGCUCACAGUCUGAACCAAGGGCUCAGAUCCAGCAUCACUUGUCUGCUGAAUAUACUCGCGAAUCCCCUGCCUCGCUUCGUUCCUUUCAGUGAUCAGGAAAUUCCCGUGUCGGUUUUGUAUGCCGAUGCUUACUUUCAGUUGGGUGAUCGCCGAUGGCGUGUCGGAGAUGCUCAGAUUCCCACAAGGUGGCCCUCGAGCAUGCAUCUAGCCCAGAACGGAUGGGGGUACAUCUGUCGAACCACGAGCGGAGUCACGGCAGCCUACGGUACUGUGCCACCUGGAGUGCUGCAAGUCUUCUGUAGCCGUAGAGCAUACAUUUAUUUUCUUGAGAUCGUUGGUCAGGCCAUCGCUCUGCUCACCAAUCAUCGGCAGUUGUCAUCUUUCUGGGUUUCCUUUUGCGACAAUCGAGCAGGUUUGUCAGCUUUGCGGAAAGGCUACGGACGUGAUGCUACUAUAAAUCGCCUGCUGGCGUGGUUUCAUGCUUUGAGUAUGCGAUUACGCUGUCACGGGCACUUCGAGUGGGUUCGCAGCGACGCGAAUCUUUCUGACAAGGUCAGUCGAGGGAACUUGGAUUUCGCAAAGCAGAAUGGUUGGUUGGUUUUGAGGUCUUCUUUAGACGACUUCUGGUCUUUGAUUCUUCGCAUUGCCAGGGACGAGAACUUUGCUACUGGCCAGGCUGUGGAAGAAGCGGCGGCAGAAGCAGCAGCCGGGCUCCACUUGUGCCUCUUACAGGUCUCCGACUUGGGCACUCGACAGGGGACUACGUCUGAGGGGCACUGUGGAGCGGCGGCAGAAGCAGCAGCCGGGCUCCACUUGUCUCCGGGAGUCGAUGCUCUUCGCAGCGGACGGUUCAUCCAGAAUGCGUUUCAGGGCGAAAGGUAUUUGUCAGCGCACUGCCGACGAACGGAUUUCUUGAGGGCUCGGGAGAAGACCACCCCUGACGUGUCGAACAUAGCUUUGACACUCGGCUGCACUUUGCGGUGCGGCCCCAAUGUGACCUGGACUCGGACCUAA